UUAUCGUUGCCUGCUUCCAUCACAUUCAACAGAAUGUUUACAAAACAUUUCCGGAGAAAAUCUUUAUUAAACGGUAGCUGUUUUACGCCGACUUCGUCAUCAUCGUCGACACAAAUGCAAACGCAAUCAUCGACAUUGUCAUCAUCGCCAGCAUUUCUAUUUUAUAAUAGUAAAAUUACAAUAAUGUUUGCUGUUAUCAGUUAUAUAUUAAUUACAUUAGUUCAUAAGAUAUCAGCCGCCGGUUAUUUUGAAUUAGAGUUAUUAGAAAUUUCAAAUACAAAUAGUCAUUUACUAAAUGGCUAUUGCUGUGGUGUUCCUUUAGAAAUAAGAAGUACAAAAACAACAGGUUGUCCCUCUUGUUCGACAGCAUUUCGUUUGUGCCUUAAAGAAUAUUCAGCUGUAGAGCUGGGUACGACAAGUAUAUCAACCGGCUGUUCAUUUGGUAAUUCAUCCACUGGCAUAUUGGGUGGUUCCAGUUUCGUUUUGAGUGAUCCAGGCCGAGGAGCUAUCGUGUUGCCAUUUACAUUUCGUUGGACGAAAUCGUUUACAUUAAUUCUACAGGCGUUGGAUAUGUACAACACAUCGUAUCCAGACUCUGAAAGGUUAAUUGAAGAAGCAUCAUUUUCUGGCGUUAUUCUACCAUCACCCGAAUGGAAGACAUUGGAUCACAUCGGACGCAAUGCUCGGAUAACAUAUCGGGUUAGAGUUCAGUGCGCAGCUACCUAUUAUAAUACAACGUGUACAACGUUUUGUCGUCCGCGCAACGAUCAGUUCGGUCAUUACACUUGCGGACCACAAGGUGAGAAAAUCUGCCUCAACGGCUGGACUGGCGAUAAUUGCGAGAAAGCCAUUUGCAAACCGGGCUGUGAUCCCGUCCAUGGUACAUGUCAACAACCGGGUGAAUGCGAUUGUCGUCAUGGUUGGCAAGGACCUUUGUGUAAUGAAUGCAAAGUUUAUCCAGGCUGUAAACACGGUUCUUGCGAUGGCACUGCCUGGACCUGUAGAUGCGAUACAAAUUGGGGUGGCAUAUUAUGCGAUCAAGAUUUAAAUUACUGUGGCACUCAUGAACCCUGCAAACAUGGCGGUACUUGUCAGAAUACUGCACCUGAUAAAUUUCACUGCACUUGUGCUGAGGGCUUGUCUGGCGAACGUUGUGAAAUCGUAGAGCAUCCAUGUGCUACACAACCGUGCAAAAAUGGUGGAUCGUGUACCGUAAAGGAAUCAAAAAUAACCACUAUACCGCCGUAUCGUGCAAUGCGUGGCAUGAGUGCAGCUAUGGGGAAACCAGUUAGCGGCUACAAUUUAUCGUUGACGCUGCAAGGAUUAGCAAAAAAUAACAGCAGCAAUUCAAAUGCGAGCAGCAGCAGCAGCUUAAACAACUACCAUCAACACAUACCACCACCGGUCUCUGAAUUCACUUGUGCAUGUGCGCCCGGUUGGACUGGUCCAACAUGCGAAAUAAAUAUUGAUGAGUGUGCCGGUGGGCCCUGCGAACAUGGUGGCACUUGCAUCGAUCUAAUCGGUGGUUUCCGUUGUGAAUGUCCACCCGAGUGGACGGGCGAUGUAUGUCAAAUUGAUGUAAACGAAUGCGAAAUCACUUAUCCGGCUGGCCAAGUUACGGCAACAUCAACAUUGCGUACUUCGACGGCUGUAGCCGCGGCCAUAGCUAGUGCGAGUACCUCAUCAUCGUCAUCGGCCUUAAUUGCUGCUUUAAACGCUGCCUCAUCCACUUUAGCCGCAGCAGCUGCAAAUGCAACUGCCACACAAAUGGGUCCAUGCAUUAACGCACGCAAGUGUGUUAAUCUGCCUGGUUCAUUUCAAUGUAUUUGUUUGGAGGGCUGGGGUGGCCCCACAUGUGCAAAAGAUUUCGAUGAUUGCGUGGGCCAAUGUAAAAAUGGUGCCACAUGCAUUGAUUUGGUGAAUGAUUAUCACUGCGCCUGUGCGACUGGAUUUACAGGUCGCGAUUGUGAAACAGAUAUUGAUGAAUGUGCUAACUCGCCGUGUCGUAAUGGUGGCGAAUGUGUGGACAUGAUUGGUAAAUUUAAUUGCAUUUGUCCACUCGGCUACUCCGGUACAUUAUGCGAGGAGGCUAACGAUCACUGCACGCCAUCCCCAUGCUUGCAAGGACGUUGUUUAAAUACACCCGGCAGUUAUUAUUGUCAUUGCCCGUCUGGUAGAGCGGGCAAACACUGUGAAAAAAAUAGAACAUUAUGCACUCAACCGCAUUGCAAUGAAGGAUGCUUUUUAAAUGCCACCGUUGCCACACAGACUAUGCCGUGUAGUGGGCAUGGUACCUGUGAAAUGGGAGAUGUCGGCACAUUUUGUAAAUGCCACACAGGUUACACAGGAACAUUCUGCGAACACAAUUUAAACGAAUGCACUCCUAAUCCUUGUCGAAAUGGAGGCAUAUGUCUGGAUGGAGAUGGAGAUUUCACUUGCGAAUGUCCUUCCGGGUGGGCUGGCAAACGAUGUUCCGAACGUGCCACCUUGUGUUUUGAUGGCCAAUGCCAGAAUGGUGGUACCUGCAUGCGCGACACUUCCCGUAAAGUACUUGCCCGGGCAGGACAAUGCCGCUGCGCACCUGGUUGGGAAGGUACAUAUUGCACUGAGUCGAUAGAUCAAUGUCGUGGUCAACCUUGCCAUAACGGCGGCACUUGCGAGUCAGGGCCAGGUUGGUUUCGUUGUGUUUGCGCUAAGGGUUUUUCGGGACCGGACUGCCGCAUUAACGUCAACGAAUGCUCUCCCCAACCUUGCCAAGGUGGCGCCACUUGCAUUGACGGUAUUGGCGGAUUCACUUGUAUAUGUCCCGCAGGACGUCAUGGCUUGCGAUGUGAGAUAUUGCUUUCCGAUCCUAAGUCAGCUUGUUUGAAUGCCACUUUAACAAUCUCACCAUAUUCACCACUCAAUAAUAGUCAAGAUAUAUUGACUCAAAUUCUAAUCGGGCAUACCGACGAAUAUUGCAAUGCGUGUUUAUGCGAAAACGGCACUUCACGUUGCUCUAAUUUAUGGUGCGGCUUAGCAAAUUGUUUUGAAAGUGAAGGAUCUCCAAAAUCCCCGGGAUCUUGUAAACAACACGAAGUUUGUGUGCCGUCACUAAACGAAAAUUGCCUUAAAGGGCCUUGCCUACUAAGAGGAGACUGUAGAGCUUUAGAACCUUCGCAUCGUGUGGCACCGCCACGGCUGCCAGCUCAGUCCGAUUGUUGGCCAAAUCAAGCUACCUUAAAGGACAAUUGUGCUCGUUUAACCAUUCUAUUGGAUAGACCACGACUCAAUUCCGGAGCUUCGGUAGAAGGUUUAUGUUCUGUAUUAAGGUUUCUGUUAGCUUCACGACUAAUUGCUCUAUCAAAAAGCGACAAUGAAGGCAUGCUAAUUGUUAUUUGUGAUCUGAAAGCUGGCACUAAUGAUACUAUAGAAGUGACAGUGUCUUCUACUAAGCCCAACGAUGACCAGUUGCCUGUAGCCGUAAGCCUUUUGGGCGAAUUGCUAUCGUCGCGUCAAUUGACCACGUUACACCCGAAAACCGAUUUGAAAAAGGUUAAACUAGCAGCUCUGGUAUCUAUACUGGAAGUCAAAGUUGAAACUGCUUUGGUAUCUGAAGGCAAUAGCAAUAGUUUACUGAUUGGUAUACUUUGCGGUAUUUUCAUUGUGCUGAUCGGUUUGGCUAUAUUUGUUAGCCUCUUCUGGCGCCAGCGCAUUGUAAUAAAUUCUUCGUCAGGCAUUAACUUGGCUCCUUCCUUAGAUGCGUUGCGUCAUGAAGAGGAGAAAUCCAAUAAUUUACAAAACGAAGAAAAUUUGAGACGUUACACAAAUCCUUUGAAAGCUUCAACCACUUCUUUGGGUCGUGUUAAUGGCAUGGAAUUAAGUUUGAAUCCGGCUCCCGAACUGACUACAGUAAGCUCUUUGGCCAACACCUCGGCUUCCAGUUCAGCUAUACAUCGUUCACAACCUUUAUAUCCAGCUUGCGAAUCCAAUUUUGAUCGUGAAUUGGAAGUUAGCGGUGUUGUAACUAGCAAAGCUAAAGAAUUUCAGUCUAAACGAAGCUCGCAAAUACUUCUACAUAAAACACAAAAUACGGACAUGAAGAAGAACACAGUCGGGUCCAUAGAUAGUCCGCGCAAAGACUUUGGUAAACGUUCGAUCAAUUGCAAAUCAAUGCCUCCACAAAUCGGAGCGGGGAGGGGGGGAGGCUCAACAACGACUAUUACAACAUCUACAACAACCAUCACACCAACUACGGCAGCAACCUAUGAUGACUCCGAGGUAUUAACAGUUUUAGUGUAGUAUUUGAGGCAUGUUGUUGUUGUUGGGAUAUAUUAUUAGAAAUAUAGUUUGUUUUUAUCGCUCGCUCAAGCGUUAGUGCCUAAUGAGAAAUUUUUAGAACUUUGAUAAUAAUGUGAUUAGUGAAAGUAAAAGUGCAUUUGAAAAAACAGAGUGAUUUAUAAAUGGAGUUCAUUUCCAAUGAGGAAGUAGUAAAAGGAUUGCAAAAGGCAUAAUGCAUUCAAUGCUACAGAGGUUGAAAGUAGAUGAGUAGACGAGUUCACCAAAAGAUUCUGAUUAUAACUUCAAAAAGCUAUCUAUUAACGAAAAUUAAAUAAACAAUUGGUCGGCAACCCUAAUUGAACUCUUGUAACAGAUAGUUAGAUAUUUGCAAUGAUCUCAAACAAUUUGCCAGAUUUUUUAGAGACAUAUGAAAACGGACAAUAAAAAUUGUAAAGCAAAAGUAGAAAUUAAAAUCUAAACCUGAAAUUUCUAUCGAAAAUACGAAUUUUUAACAUAUUCCUCGCAGUGUAAGUGCAUUUAUAAGAACCGCCGUUCGUAGAAUUAUUCCCUAAACAUCAAAAGCUAUUUCGAUAUUCAUUUAUUUAACCGGUUGCUAAGAAUUAUGAAUAACGCACGUUCACAAAACGAGCUGUAUUUUCAAACAAAAGACA